GCCUCGGUCGCGGGCUCGCGGCGUCAGCGCCGGAAAAGAAAAGAAAAAGAUGGAAUAAAGCGCCUCCUCUCUUCUCCUCUCCUCUCCUCUGCAAUCAUCAGUCGCGGGGGGCUUCAAAUACCGGGGAAGCGCACAAGUGUCGAUCCACCGAGCCAGGGGAGUGACGGGAGCGCGAGCGAGCGAUAGCCGAUAGGAGGCGGGCCAUGGCGGGUGCGGGCAGAAGUCGCCGCCGUCGUCGCGAGUCGCCGCCGGCGACGGUGAGGCUGGCGCUGCUGGUGGCGGUGGCCACCAUGGCCGGCGUCGCGGCGGAGGGCAAGGCGGUGCGCGUGGGGGAGCCGCACCGGCGGAGCAUGCUGGCCAACGGCCUCGGCUCCGCCCCUCCCAUGGGGUGGAACAGCUGGAACCACUUCCAGUGCGGCGGCAACGGCGAGGUGGUCAUCAGGGAGACCGCUGACGCGCUCGUGUCCACCGGGCUCGCUGCUCUCGGCUACAAAUACGUCAACAUCGAUGACUGCUGGGCGGAGCCAAAACGUGAUGCAACGGGCAAUCUGGUGGCCAACACCAAGACGUUCCCGCACGGGAUCAAGGCGCUGGCGGACUACGUCCACAGCAAGGCGCUCAAGCUCGGGAUCUACUCCGAUGCCGGGUUCCAGACCUGCGCCAAGGCCCAGCCCGGCUCCCUCGGCCACGAGGAGCAGGACGCCAAAACCUUCGCGGCAUGGGGAGUCGAUUACCUCAAGUAUGACAACUGCAACAACGGCGACAUCAAGCCGCUGGAGAGGUACCCUGAGAUGAGCAAGGCCCUGAUGAAGACCGGCCGGCCGAUCUACUUCUCGCUGUGCGAAUGGGGCGACAUGCACCCGGCGCGGUGGGGCGCGGCCUACGGCAACAGCUGGAGGACCACCAACGACAUCGCCGACACCUGGGAAAGCAUGAUCGCAACGGCGGACCAGAACGAGGUGUGGGCGGAGUACGCGCGCCCCGGCGGCUGGAACGAUCCCGACAUGCUGGAGGUGGGCAACGGGGGGAUGACGAACAGCGAGUACGUCGUGCACUUCAGCCUCUGGGCGAUUUCUAAGGCGCCGCUCAUCAUCGGCUGCGACGUGAGGCACAUGUCGCAGGAGACGUACGACAUCCUGGCCAACAAGGAGGUGAUCGCCGUCAACCAAGAUCCGCUCGGCGUGCAGGGGAAGAAGGUGAGGAUGGAGGGGAGCAACGAGAUCUGGGCGGCGCCGCUGUCCGACUACCGGACGGCGGUGGUGCUGCUGAACCGGCACGCGACGGACGGGGCCACCAUCACCGCGCACUGGGACGACGUCGGCCUCCCCGCCGGCCUGGACGUCGAGGCCAGGGACCUGUGGCAGCACAAGACGCUGGACGGCGCGUUCACGGACAGGAUGGCGUUCGACGUCGCGGCGCGGUCGUGCAGGAUGUUCGUGCUCAGGCCCAGGCUCCCCAUGAAAGCAUAGCAUUGCGCGGCGGCGCCGGGGCCGCGCGGACGGACCGACGACGGAGCACGCUGGUGGCCGGCGGGCGGCGGCGACGCCGCGUUGGCGGUGUGGUGGUGGGUAUUGGGCGAAUUGUGUGUACUUGCUACUUUGCAUUAACAGCCAUUAAGGGAAUUUGCCACAGGCUAUCGACGGUAAGCGAAGGGCGCGGCCCAGUCCAGGCCGAGAACUCCCGAUUUGUCGGCCCAUGGGCUGUAGUAGCAAAGCCGAGUUCUCUAGUGGAAUCUAUAUAUCUUCCGGAAGUUUUUUUCUAUUUAUUUUUCACUGUUUGAGAUUCGUGCAAA